AUGACCAACGGCGAGCUGCCAUGUGUUGUUCGUGGAAUCUACCACCACCCCUUCUUCGCUAAAUGGUGGUUAGGGAAGAAGGCUUCGUCGAAGUGGAUUCGACAGGCCAUCUAUGCCCGACUCCUUUUGAACAACGACUUGUCCUGGUUGAAUGACAGCAUGCCAGAUACUGAUCUCCCGGUACUGGUAUGGUUCCCAAAGACAGCAACCAAGCAUACUUACGCCGAGUUGGCACGACUCCAACCCUCGAUGACACCGCAGAUGGCACGCGCUUGUAUAAUUGCCGAUUACCAAAUUUGA